GCGUACAGUCAGAGUCGUACGCAAUCAGCUGUCGCCGCGCACUCAACGUUGCAUUGAUAAAAUUUUAGAUUUACCAUGGGUUUGAGAUGAUUUUGAGAGAAAAUUACUGCAGCACGAAACAUUGAAAAGGGUGCACCAUACAACAUGGACCACAGAAGACAAAUAAGGAUGUGGGUGGCCGCACUCUUUGGUUUCUUUUUAGUCCUUGAUGAAUAUCACUGUGAUCAAAGUAGCGAUGUCGAAAAACACUUGGAAAUGGGCCGACUGAUGUUGGCUCGGAAUCAACUGCAAGACGCUCUCACGCACUAUCAUGCAGCUGUAGAUGGAGAUCCCAGUAAUUAUUUAACCUUCUUCAAGCGUGCCACUGUGUAUUUGGCUUUAGGGAAAGCUAAAUUUGCUCUUGCUGACUUAGACAGGGUUCUGGAAUUGAAACCUGACUUCAUUGCUGCUAGAUUGCAAGUGGCGCAAGUGUUAUUAAAGCAGGGAGACUUGAACACUGCUGAAAAAGUUUUCUAUGAUGUUCUCAGCCUUGUGCCAUCCAGUGAGGAGGCUAUGCUUGGAAUACAGAAAGUUGAGCCACUCAAACAAAACAUAGAAACUGCAAGAAUAUUGCAAAUCCAGGGAGAUCACCAUGGCGCAUACUCAAUUUUGACAUCUGUCAUUGAGUCGAUGCCAUGGGACGCUACUCUGAGGGAAAUGCGAGCUGAGAGCCGAAUGGCCCUUGGUGAUGCAAGAGGUGCCAUUGCGGACAUUAGGAGUGUCACAAGAAUGAGCAACGACAAUACUGAAGGAUACUUAAGACUUUCCAAGAUGUAUUAUGAUAUUGGAGAAGCUGAGGAGUCACUAAGGGAGAUCAGAGAAUGUUUGCGCCUUGACGCGGACCACAAAGAAUGCUUUGCGCACUACAAGAUAGUCAAAAAGGUUGCGAAAGCAAUCACUGAUAUGAUCGCUGGUGAAACAGGUGGAGACUUUGAACAGUGUUCAUCAGAGGCCAAAAAGGUUCUCAAAUUUGAGCCUCGGGCUGAAAUGGUGCGAUUCCUCGCUUAUGAGGCCCUCUGCAAGUGCGAACGAAGGCUGAGCCGCUUCUCAGAGAGUUUAAACAACUGCAACGAAGCACUCAAAAUCCAAAGUAUCCAGUCUGUUUUCUGCGAAAGAGCAGAGACCUAUCUCGACACAGACAUGUUUGACGAUGCCAUUCGUGAUUACCAAGCUGCUCUGGAAAUUGAGGAUGGCAUGCAAAGGGCACGUGAGGGUAUUGAGAGGGCGAAGAAAAUGCAGAAGCAGUCAGAGCGACGAGACUACUACAAGAUUCUUGGUGUCUCCAGGCAAGCUGGCAAGAAGGAAAUCGUGAAAGCAUACAGGAAAGCUGCGCAACAGUGGCAUCCUGAUAAUUUCCAGGGUGAUGAGAAGAAGAUGGCUGAGAAAAAGUUCAUUGAUAUUGCAGCUGCCAAAGAAGUUCUCACUGAUCCAGAAAAGCGACAGAAAUUUGACAACGGAGAAGAUCCUCUUGAUCCGGAAGGUCAGCGGCAGCAGGGUUUCAAUCCAUUUCAACAAUUUCACAACAGCCCUUUCCAAUUUAAAUUCCACUUCAACUGACGGGUUGAUUUUUUAUAUGAGUGCAUUGAGGAAGUGGAAGUGCUCCCCAAAACAUUAUUCUGCAGUUCGUGAAGUUUUUUUUGUGCCUCUUUUAAUUUAAACUUCGCAUGUGAUUGUGGUGCGCUCCAUGGACAUCACCUCUAUCCACAAGGGUUAAGUUAUAAAAGGUUUGUUUCGCGGCUGAUAUUAAGUGAGUGAAUUGUUAAUAACAGCCAAAAGGAAAUAAAGGCGUUGAAUGGGAAUAUUAUUUGUGAGAAUGGUGUUUGUACAAAUUGUUAUUGAUAAUUUAUUAAUAAAAGUCAGGUGAAUCAAACUCGGAAAGAAAAA